AGUUACUGAACUUCUUCAUUAAUCUAUUGAGCGCGUCGGUCGAAGACUUCUUUCAGUUACUAAUUAUAUAGAUUUCAUCCACUAAGAAAAUGUCUGGAUCUCGCAAAUUUUUUGUUGGAGGGAACUGGAAAAUGAACGGAGGCAGAGAAGAUAACGAAAAGUUACUUAAAUUACUUUCAGAAGCUCAUUUUGAUGACAACACGGAAGUUUUAGUUGCUCCACCAUCCGUAUUUUUGCACGACGUUCGAAAAAGUUUGAAGAAGGAAAUACAUGUUGCUGCUCAAAAUUGUUAUAAAGUAUCGAAGGGUGCAUUUACUGGAGAAAUCAGAUUUCUAUUCAUUUUUAUGAGAUGGAAACCAUAAAGCUGUUUUUAUUUGUUGCUAUUACCAAAAAAUAACAUAACUCGCGGCUUUACCAAGGGUCAUGGUUUCAUAGCAGGAAUAAACCUUUUACUACAUACUGAAUAGUUAUGUGUAUUGAAGCUAAAAGUAAGUAAACAAUGGAGAAUAAAGCAAAUUAAAAUCUAAUGGACAAUAUGCAGUGGAAACAUUUUUGACCAAGUAGGUACUUGCUUCAAAUUUACGAGAUCAUAGUGACGAGUUCAUGUAAACCAUAUGUUUUGUUUGUGCUCCUUCCUUAGUAUUGCGAUACGGAUUCAGGUCUUUAAUGGAUUUAUAUGGAAGCAGUCUAGCAACUUGGCCAGUUCCAUUAUUUUCCUAAGUGAUUUACCAGUUUGUAUAUCUUGAGUGAAUUAAUUUGGUUCAGGGUAGUAUCGUCUUCUGAACCAAAAGUUAUUAAACUACCGGGUGAGAUAUUGAAUGGAUACCACAUGGAUGUUUUAGAGUGAGGAAACAGUGGCCUAGAAAAGACCAUUGCUAUAGGACGCAAACAGUAUAAACAAACCGAAAUGUAGGAAUGACAAAUGAACAGUGGGAAGUGGGAAAAUGUGGUAGAGGCAGGGUAAUAAUAAUGGUAGGUGAGCAGCAAGACGCGUAUUAAGCACAGCUACUUUGGACCAGAGGUUUUAGGUCAUGAUUGAGUUCGUUGUUGUCAAGCUCACUAUCGAAAACCUCUAGUGAGAUGACAUACUACAUCUGGUUGGAUGCCAUUUCGGACAGUGGCAGCUAUUGGUAAGAAAAAAUGUGAUCUCUCCGUGCUUUUUAUUCUCCUGUAACCAAACGAGAAAAAUCAAGACUUAUUGGGUCUUUUGUUACAUGAUUUGUUCUUUAAUACUAUUUCCAACUUUUUUAACGAUAAAUCUGUGUUACCUAAAAACAAAUUACACUAUCAAAUUAGCUCAAAGCAAUAAGCUGAUUAAAUAUGUCACGGGUAUUCAGGGCUUGACAACGCUGUCAUCUAUAAUACCUUUUUAAUAGAAAAUCACAAACCCAGUCAAACCAUAAAUCAAGAAUGGGAGUGUUUGGAGGUAUAUUUAAAAGACAGUUGAUAUGUCGGGAAAUAUAUGAGCUAAGCUGACUAGUUGUUGCGCGGAAUACGUAGUAGGGCUAGCUCAAUAGUUAUCUGGUGCGGAUGCUUGACCGUGCUCCUAAAAUUAUGAUGUGUUCAAUAAAACUAACGAGGCCAGCAUUAACGUCGAAGACUGACAAAAUUAUUUAUUAUGGUGAUUUAUUUACAGCUUUAUACUUUUAUGCAUAAAAGUAUGCUAUUUCUUACGUCGCGAUUUUUAUUCUUUCUGUAAUAAGUAAGUGAAGUCAUGAUUUUUCUUUUGACACAGUUAUUAGAAAUGACAAAACAUAUACUGAAUACCGUUUCUCCGUCUUCGUUUCAAACUAAUAUUAACUUAUAUAUCAACUUUAUUCUUGUUUCUCCACAAAUUUUGUUUAGCCCUGCAAUGAUAAAAGAUAUUGGUUGUGAAUGGGUAAUACUUGGACAUUCUGAGCGUAGGAGCAUUUUUGGUGAAUCUGAUGAACUGAUUGCUGAAAAAGUUCAACAUGCACUUGCUGAAGGUUUAAGUGUUAUUGCAUGUAUUGGUGAAACAUUAUCAGAGCGUGAAUCUAAUAAAACGGAAGAAGUAUGCGUUAGACAGUUAAAAGCUAUUGCAAAUAAGAUUAAAUCAGCUGAUGAAUGGAAACGAGUAGUCGUAGCAUAUGAACCAGUAUGGGCUAUUGGAACAGGUAAAGUUGCUACACCACAGCAAGCUCAAGAGGUUCAUAAUUUCCUUCGUAAAUGGUUUAAAACAAAUGCACCAAGUGGAGUUGAUGAAAAAAUACGUAUUAUCUAUGGUGGUUCUGUAACUGCUGCCAAUUGUAAAGAAUUAGCUCGACAACAUGAUGUUGAUGGAUUUUUGGUUGGUGGGGCUUCAUUAAAACCGGAAUUCACUGAUAUAUGUAGAGCCAAACAUUGUUGAACGUUUUGUUGGUCUUCUUCUUCUUCGUACUCUUCAUAAUUUUGUCUCUUCUCGUGUCAGUUACUUCCAUUUUUUUGUAUCAACAACCAAAGCACAUUAUAAUUAGUAGUAUUUUAAUGUCUAAUGUAAAGAAAUAUGACUACUAGUUUGAAUUACUUAAUUACUAUCAGUCAAACAAAUAAUAUUCGUCAAUUUAGUUCAUUAUUUCAUUUAUCGUCCCUUAUAUUUAAAUUUCUUAUGCCUUAAAUACACCUUGAAUUAAUAAUUUAAUAUGUUUUGUAAUAUUUCACUGGAUCUUACUUAAUAUAAAAUGUACAAAACUUAUGA